AAAAAUGAAGAGGCGCAGCCCGGCUGCCCGCGGCGGCGGAUGAGCUUGAAGGGGGAGAAAAUGACCGAAGAAACCCACCCAGACGAUGACAGCUAUAUUGUGAGAGUCAAAGCUGUGGUUAUGACCCGAGAUGACUCCAGUGGAGGAUGGUUGCCACAAGAAGGAGGCGGCCUUAGUAGAGUUGGUGUCUGCAAGGUCAUGUGCCCAGAGGGCAAUGGAAGAAGUGGAUUUCUGAUCCAUGGAGAAAGGCAAAAAGACAAACUGGUGGUAUUGGAAUGCUAUGUGAAGAAGGACUUGUUCUACACUAAAGCAAACCCUACAUUUCACCACUGGAAAGUUGACAACAGAAAGUUUGGGCUCACUUUUCUAAGUCCUGCUGAUGCACGAGCAUUUGAUAGAGGUGUGAGGAAAGCCAUUGAGGAUCUCAUGGAAGGAUCUACAACUUCAUCCUCAACAAUCCACAAUGAGACUGAAGUUGGAGAUGAUGAUGUCUUUACGAAUGCUACAGACAGCUCCUCGAAUUCUUCACAGAAGAGAGAGCAGCCUUUGCGAACACUAGCCUCUCCUCCAUCCUGUGAGCAUCAGAGAAUUUGCACCCGGGGCCACAUCCAUGACCAGUUUAGCCCUGACCACUACCAUCUAGAACAAUCAAUCCCACGCUCCUAUCGGCAUGUCAGCUUCCCAGAUGACGACGAGGAAAUCGUACGGAUUAAUCCCCGGGAAAAGAUCUGGGUGACGGGUUAUGAGGACUACCGCCACACCCCUAUGCGGGAAAAGUAUGUCGAUUCGGAUGAUGGGGACUCGUACGUGCAGUUUGCCAAAACUGAACCCUCAAAACACGAUUACAAUUAUCCUUACAUAGGCAACUCUGACUUUGACCCGGGCGAAGACAUCAAAGGCGCUGUGAUAAAGACUCAACCCGCCAGGUGCAAACCGCGGCGGCGAAAAGAAGACGGGGAGAGAUCGCGCUGCGUUUAUUGCAGGGACAUAUUCAAUCAUGAGGAAAAUCGACGGGGUCAGUGCCCAGAUGCUCCGGACCGAGUCAGAAGCUGCAUCCGCCGAGUCAGCUGUAUGUGGUGUGCGGACAGCAUGCUCUAUCACUGUAUGUCCGAUCCAGAAGGAGACUAUACAGACCCUUGUUCUUGCGACACCAGUGAUGAAAAGUUUUGCCUCCGGUGGUUGGCCCUUAUCGCCUUGUCUUUUAUUGCCCCGUGUAUGUGCUGUUAUUUGCCCCUCCGGGCUUGUUAUCACUGUGGGGUCGUGUGCAGGUGCUGCGGCGGGAAACACAAGGCAGCUGGAUGACAACACUCAAAGCUUGUGAAGUUCUUUCCAUUUUCCCUUUCGCUAAGGAGCAUCUUGGUCUGGAGCAUUCUCCGAUCUUCUGUACAUCUUGACACAGCCCGGGAGCCUAACAGAAACCAGGAACCGGUUGGCUUGUUAUUUUCCCUUCCCACGUGGCUGCUAUGCAUUGAUUGCUCACUGAGUUCUUCUAACAGACUAAUGUGCGGCAUAGACUUUUGUAUUAUUGUUCUGUAAUAAUAAAGAAAAGAAUGUCUUGUACAUGUUUAUGCCUUCUCUCCCCCCGAAAGGAUAUCGAGACAUGAAUGGUCGAGUGUGGUGGACUUCCAAACAUCUCACGGGUUUAUCUGUAUUUUGCAAGCUAUUGGGACACGUGGAAGUAUAGUAGAAUGGAAUGGAAUCCCACUUUAAAGGGUGUUCAACUUGCAACCUCUGUGUGUAUGCG